AUGGAUGAAAAUUCGAAAAUAAGGUAAGUUGAGAGCCCCCAAAAACUUAGCCAAACUCUGAAAAACCUCGAAAUUCCCUAAUUCACGAAAAAAAACGAAAAAAAUCAACGAGAGAGUGUUGUGUGUAGAAGAGACGAGGUGAGAGAAGCAGAGAAAAAGCAGAGAGAUAGAGGGGUGUUGAAGAGACGGCAGACAACACGAAAAUAUUUUUGUUUCUGGAUGAUUUAUUGAUUUUUUGAAGAUUCGCGCAUUUUUUGCUGGAUUUGCCACGUGUUGACGUGAAUGUGAAUGAGUUGGCGCAUUUUUUGUAGGUUUGACUAUUGCUGACGCAUUUCUUGUAGCCUUAUAUCCUUGCUGACGCCUUUUUUGCAAUGAAAAUUCAAAUUUUUUCCAGAUUUCAAUGCUCAUUUGCUCAAAAUUCGACAAUUCCAUGGAUUUUGGCGGGAAAUCUGAGAUUUGUAAGUUUUUCUGGGUGGGAUUUUGAAAAAAAAAUAGUAAAAGAAAAUUUUUCCCCCAUAAAAUCCAAGAUUUAUCACUUGGGACCUCGUAAAAAUGUGUGUUUUAUGAGAUUGAUCAAAAUUUUCUUACACUUUUUUUGAAACCUGAUUUUUUUGGUGGCGAAAAAUCCAGGGUUUUUCUAAUCUCAAAAAAAGAAAGAAAAUCCCCAGAGGAUUUUUUUGCACAUAAAAAUAAUUGUUUUUUUUUCGAUGUUUCUUGAAUUUUUAUUCAAUGUUUCUUUUUUGGAGCAAAAAAUUUUGAAUUUUUGAAUUUGGCGCAAUUUUUUUUGUUGUGGAAAACUGGAGCGAAAAUUCUGAAAUUCAAAUAUUUUUAAAAAUUCAAAUUUCCCGCCAAAAAUUCUUAAAAUCAAAUAUUUUUGAAAAUUCAAAUUUCCCGCCAAAAAUUCUGAAAUUCAAAUAUUUUUUGAAAAUUAAAAUUUCCCGCCAAAAAUUCUGAAAAUCAAAUUUUUCAAAAAAUUCAAAUUUCCCGCCAAAAAUACUAAAAUUCAAAUUUUUUUGAAAAUUCAAAUUUCCCGCCAGAAAUUCUGAAUUUCAAAUAUUUUUGAAAAUUUGUCCAAAUUUCGUGCCAAAAAUUCUGAAAAUGAAAUUUUUCAAAAAAUUCAAAUUUCCCGCUAAAAAAUUUGUCCAAAUUUCCGCUCAUCAAAAAUAUUGCUCAGAUUAGUGAAGCCGAGCUCAAUUUGUCUCCCAAAUAUUUGAUUUAUGCUAAUUAGGUGUCACAUCAAAUUUUGGUCCAAAAUUUCAAAGAGAUUUCAAUCUCACUUCCCAUUUUUCCAAAAUUUUUCCAAAAAAAGUUUUUUCCGGAGCCCACAAAACUUUUUUAAUGAGCUCGCCUUCCGGCUCAAAUUUCUCCCAAAUUUAAUUUUAGGAAAUUGAAUUUGAAAAGGAAAUUUCUGGUUCCAUUUCCUUACGAAGAUUUUUUGCGCGCGAGAAAAUUUCGAAUUUUCGAAACUGGUCAAAAGUUCAUGAAAAUUGUGUUUUUUAAGCCCAGAUUCGACUUUUUGAUCAUUUUUGAACUGAAAAUUGAGUUUCUGAUGAUUUUUAAGCUGAAAAUUGAGUUUCUGAUGAUUUUUGAGCUGAAAAUAAAGUUUCUGAUGAUUUUUGAGCUGAAAAUUUGAGUUUCUUAUGAUUUUUAAGCUGAAAAUAAAGUUUCUGAUGAUUUUUUGAGCUGAAAAUCGAUUUUCUGAUGAUUUUUGAGCUGAAAAUUGAGUUUCUGAUGAUUUUUGAGCUGAAAAUUGAGUUUCUGAUGAUUUUUAAGCUGAAAAUUGAGUUUCUGAUGAUUUUAAGCUGAAAAUAAAGUUUCUAACGAUUUUUGAGCUGAAAAUUGAGUUUCUGACAAUUUUUGAGCUGAAAAUCGAGUUUCUGAUGAUUUUUAAGCUGAAAAUCAAGUUUCUAAUGAUUUUUAAGCUGAAAAUAGAGUUUCUGAUGAUUUUUGAGGCGAGAAAAUUUUGAAUUUUCAAAUUUUCGCGGGCGAAAAUACAUCCUCUUUUUUUAUUGCAAAUUAAUUUCAAAAAUAAAAAUGAAAAUUGUGAAAUAAAAAUUUUACAACACAUUUUCUCUCAUCAUAAAACUAGGUUUCCCUUUCUUUUUUUUUUGAAAAUGAAAUUUUUCGCGCUUCAAAAUCCACGUGGCAAAAAAUACUGUAGGUUACUGUAGGUGUCAUUUAAAGGAACAUGAAUAAUAUAAACAGACACUUGUGUCUCUAUUUAUUUUUGUUUCUAUUGUUUUUGGCCCAAUUUUUUUUCUGUGAAUAGAAAAAGGUAUUGUUUUUUUCUGGACACACUUAAUUAAAGGGAGGUCACAGUUUCCCGCCAAAUCAUUUUUUUUGGAGUUUUUUGUUGGCGGGAAAUUUGAAUUUUCCAUAGAUUCUGAUCAAAAAGUCUCAUUCACACUACAUUUUAUUUGCUAAUUUCCGGUUUUUGGCAAAAAUUUUGCAAAUUUACCCAAAAAUUUGCCACCCUACCCGGUAAUUAUUAAUUUAUGCGCAAUUCAUUGCACCUGGCCGCAUUUACUUGUGAAUUUUUCCAAUUUUUGCAAUUUUUGGUGUUAAAUUCAUGAAAAUUGGUGUUUUUUGAGCCCAGAUUCGAGUUUUUGAUCAUUUUCGAGCUGAAAAUUAAUUUUCGGAUGAUUUUUGAGAUGAAAAUUGAGUUUCUGAUGAUUUUUGAGAUGAAAAUUGAGUUUCUGAUGAUUUUUGAGCUGAAAAUUGAGUUUCUGAUGUUUUUUGAGCUGAAAUUUGAGUUUCUGAUGAUUUUUGAGCUGAAAAUUGAGUUUCCAAUGAUUUUUGAGCUGAAAUUUGAGUUUCUGAUGAUUUUUGAGAUGAAAAUUGAGUUUCUGAUGAUUUUUGAGCUGAAAAUUGAGUUUCUGAUGUUUUUUGAGCUGAAAAUUGAGUUUCUGAUGAUUUUUGAGCUGAAAAUUGAGUUUCCAAUGAUUUUUGAGCUGAAAUUUGAGUUUCUGAUGAUUUUUGAGCUGAAAAUUGAGUUUCUGAUGAUUUUUGAGCUGAAAAUUGAGUUUCCAAUGAUUUUUGAGCUGAAAAUUAAGUUUCUGUUGAUUUUUGAGCUGAAAAUUGAGAUUCUGAUGAUUUUUGAGCUGAAAAUUGAGUUUCCAAUGAUUUUUGAGCUGAAAAUUAAGUUUCUGAUGAUUUUUGAGCUGAAAAUUAAGUUUCUGAUGAUUUUUGAGCUAAAAAUUGAGUUUCUAAUGAUUUUUGAGCUGAAAAUCGAGUUUCUGAUGAUUUUUAAGCUGAAAAUUAAGUUUCUGAUGAUUUUUGAGCUGAAAAUUAAGUUUCUGAUGAUUUUUGAGCUAAAAAUUGAGUUUCUAAUGAUUUUUGAGCUGAAAAUCGAGUUUCUGAUGAUUUUUAAGCUGAAAAUUAAGUUUCUGAUGAUUUUUGAGCUGAAAAUUAAGUUUCUGAUGAUUUUUGAGCUGAAAAUUAAGUUUCUGAUGAUUUUUGAGCUAAAAAUUGAGUUUCUAAUGAUUUUUGAGCUGAAAAUCGAGUUUCUGAUGAUUUCUGAGCUGAAAAUCGAGUUUUUGAAUAUUUUUUUUGCCACGUGGCAUUUUUUAAAGCUGAAAUUUUGAAUUUUUUGAGCUGAAAUUUUGAAUUUUUUGAGCUGAACUUUUGAAUUUUUUAAUGAUUUCUAAAUUUUUUGAGCUGGAAAUUUGAAUAAUUUCUGAUGAUUUUUAAGCUGAAAAUUCAGUUUUUCAUGAUUUUUGAGCUGAAAAUUCAGUUUCUAAUGAUUUUUAAGCUGAAAAUUGAGUUUCUGAUGAUUUUUAAGCUGAAAAUUAAGUUUCUGAUGAUUUUUUAGCUGAAAAUUAAGUUUCUAAUGAUUUUUAAGCUGAAAAUUGAGUUUCUGAUGAUUUUUAAGCUGAAAAUUAAGUUUCUGAUGAUUUUUUAGCUGAAAAUUCGAAUUUUUUCAAAAAUUCCAAUUUUCAGUGAUUUUUUCAUGAAAACUCUCAAUUUUCACCCCAAAAUCCACCAAAAAUGACAAUUUUGCGCCUUUCCCUUUGGUGUUUGUUAGAAUUGCGCAAUAUGUCACUAGCUAAAAUUUGGUGACAGAUGGCUAAAUCUCGUGUUACUUUCUUCCACAUUUUGGUGCAAAAAUAUUUAAUUUUGGCGCCAAAACAUCUCGAAUUACACUGGAUUAGGAUGUGCACCAUGAUUUGGCUCAAAAUGCUCAUUUUGCACCUGAAAAUCCCGAAUUUUCACCCCAAAAUCCACCAGAAUCUGGCGUUUUUGACCCAAAAACAUACUUUUUGGUACACUUUUGCUAACUCAGGUCAGAGCCAUCAAUCAAAUUAGAAAAAGAGCCCCGCAAAAAAAAAAAAUGAAGAAGAACUUGUUUUAUUGGGUUGUAAUAAUAAAUAUGUUCCUUUUUUCUCUUCUGUUGUAAAUAAAUUAUUAAUUUUUGGAUGAGCUGGGAGAAAAAUGAGCAUUUUUAGGUGAUUUUUGAGCAUUUUCUUGGUUAAAAUGAGCAUUUUUAGGUGAUUUUUGAGCAUUUUCUGGUAAAAAUGAGCAUUUUUAGGUGAUUUUUGAGCAUUUUCUUGGUUAAAAUGAGCAUUUUUAGGUGAUUUUUGAGCAUUUUCUUGGUUAAAAUGAGCAUUUUUAGGUGAUUUUUGAGCAUUUUCUGGUAAAAAUGAGCAUUUUUAGGUGAUUUUUGAGCAUUUUUAGGUGAUUUUUGAGCAUUUUCUGGUAAAAAUGAGCAUUUUCAGGCGAUUUUUGAGCAUUUUCUAGGUUAAUAUGAGCAUUUUCAUGCGAUUUUUCAUAGAAAUUGACCUAUUUUUAAUUUUAGGAUGAAUUUUUGAGCAUUUUCUGGUUAAAAUGAGCAUUUCUAGACAGUUUUGUAUGAAAAUUCCGAUUUUUUAAACUAUUUUUAAUUUUAGGAUAGAUUUUUAUAACCUGAAUUCAAAUUUUCCAGAAAAAAAUCGUGAAAUUUGACACGUGGCAACCAGCCGUUUUUUUUGACUUAGCCUAACUUUUUUUUGAAAAAAAAAAAUUGAAAUUUUUUUAUUUUCGGAAAAAAAAACUUUGAAACAUUUUUUCCCCCGAAUUUUUCUAUUGUUUCUUGUUUCACAAAAAAAUGUGUUUUGCAAUUUUUUUUUUCAAAAAAUUUUUUUUAUAGAAAAAAUUGGAGCUUCCAGGGCUGAAAAUCUCUCAAAAUUCCCAAUUUUUAGCUCAAAAAUCCCCUCAAAAUCCCUAGUCUCAUUCAAAAAAUGCAAUAAUAAGUGUAUCGAAAAUAAUCCAUGUCUAAUUAUACACCCGCCCUCCCGUUUUUCAAUUUCGGCGGCAUAGUUCAAAAAACUGAGCACAUGAUGAGCUCAAGUACCUUUUUUCUAUGUAUUCAAUUUUGAAUAUAAUAUGAGCAAUCUAUUGAAAUUGGACACUUUGGUUGAUGAAUUGAAUUGAAUUGAUGAAUAAUUAGGAUGACCUGAGCAAUUUUUGAGAUGGCAAGAUCUAUUUAUCUAAAAUUUCUGGGUUAAAAAUGAUAUUUCUGGUGAAUUUUUGAAGCUCUGGACCUUGUUUUUGUCCAAAUUUCAAACCCUAGAAGCUCAUUGGUAUUCUGAACCAUGAAAAAAAUGUUGUUUCAAAAGUUUUGGCUCCAGAAAAAAUGCUCCAAAUAUUUUUUUUUCUCAAUUUUUGUUUGUGGGAGGGGAAAAUAAAUUAUAAACAAAUUUUCAAAGUUUUUUUUGUGAAAAUAAUUUUUUGGAUUUUUUUUCAAAAAUUUGAAUUUAGGCUUCAGAAAAAUCCAGAAAUUCUCAAUUUUUUUGGAAAAUUCAAAUUUAGGCUUCAAAAUUUCUGAAAUUUUUGAAAAUUUUGAAAAUUUAAUUCUAGGCUUCAAAAAAUCUCAAUUUUUUUGAAAAUUAAUUUCUAGGCUUCAGAAAAAUCCAGAAAUUCUCAAUUUUUUUGAAAAUUUUAAUUUAGGCUUCAAAAAUUCAGAAAUUCUCAAUUUUUUUGAAAAUUUAAUUCUAAGAUUCAGAAAAAUCCAGAAAUUCUCAAUUUUUUUUUGAAAAUUUAAUUCUAAGAUUCAGAAAAAAUCCAGAAAUUCUCAUUUUUUUUGAAAAUUUAGUUUUAGGUUCAAAAAUUCACAAAAAUUCGCAAAAUUUUCGAAAUUUUGAAUUUAGGUUUCAAAAAUUCACAAAAUUUUUGAAAAUUUAAUUCUAAGCUUCAGAAAAAUUCAGAAAUUCUCAAUUUUUUUGAAAAUUCAGUUCUAGGCUUCAGAAAAAUCCAGAAAUUCUCAAUUUUUUUGAAAAUUUAAUUCUAAGCUUCAGAAAAAUUCAGAAAUUCUCAAUUUUUUUGAAAAUUUAAUUCUAAGCUUCAGAAAAAUUCAGAAAUUCUCAAUUUUUUUGAAAAUUCGAAUUUAGGCUUCAGAAAAUCCAGAAAUUCUCAAUUUUUUUGAAAAUUCGAAUUUAGGCUUCAACAUUUUCCAGAAAAUCCAGAAUUUUUUGAAAAUUUAUCAUUAGGCUUCAGAAAAAUCCAGAAAAAUUCUGAAUUUUUUGAAAUUUCAAAUUUUCCCGCCGUAAAACCCUGAUUUUCUAUUUUUAUCCCGUGCCAUCUGCUAAAAUUCAUAUAUUUUUGUGUGUUGUUUUUCACCAUGGUGUGUACUUGGCUGGUUGUAAAGUUCGCCUAACUCUCUCUCUCUAUCUCCCAAAUUUUAAGCUCCGCCCACUUUUUUUUCUAUUCUUGUUACACUAUAUUUUUUUAUUUAACGCUAUGGGUGGGGGUAUUUUGAAUUUUGAAAAAUAAAAUGAGCUAUGACGUGGCAAAAAAUUUUGAUUUCAAAAAAAAAAGUUUUUUUUUUGUUUGGUGGAAAACCCGAAUAUUAUCAAUUGGACCAUUGGGAAUUUCCCUUAUUUUCGACCAAAAAAAAAAUUUUUUUUUGGAAUUUUCUGGUGUAUUUUUGCUCUCAAUGAGCUAUGACGUGGCAAAUUUGUCCGCGAAUCGAAAAAAAUUUAAAAUUCACUGAAAAAUUCGAAAUUCACAGCUCUGAAUUUUUAAUUUUUUUCACUCUGAGUGAGUGAAAAGUGAAGAGCUUCUCCCUAGUUUUCACUACUACUUUACUACUUUGUUUUGCCACGUGGCAUAGGGUUUUUUGGCGGGAAAAUUUGAAUUUUCGCUCUAAAAAUGAAAAAUUUUGCCACGUCAUAGCCCAUAGAUUUUUUGUAGUUCCGCUAAUUUGGCCGAUUUUCAAAGCUAACAAUUAUCCCAUCAAAAAUUUUUUUGAUUUUAUUUUUCUAGAAAAAUUGCUUAGUACGAUUUUUGCCACGUCAUAACUCAUUUUUUCACCAAAAUUUUUUUAAAUUUUUCGAAUUUUUCAGAAAAAAAGUUCAGAAAAAAUUGAUUUUCCAGUCGAUUAAAUCUGGAAAUUUUCUUGGAAAAAUUCCGGUUUUUUCAAAAAAGUUUUGAAAUUUUUUUCAGAAAAUUCAAAAUUUUCAGAAAUUUUUUUCCCAUUUUUGUUGUUGAUCGAAAAAAAUUCCAGUUAGUGGGAAAAAUUAUUUGUUUUGUUGUUUUUCUGUUUUUUUUCGACGAUUUUUGACCGAAAAAAGAAAAAAAGUUGUUUUUUCACGAAAUUUUUCGAUUUUUUUUAAAUUUGGCGAUAAAAAUCACUCCAUUUUUCCACCAGAAAGAAAAAAAAAAUCGUAAAUUUUUUAUUUUUUCUGCCUAAUUUGAAACAUCUGUCGGUUUGGAAUUGGAAAUGAAAACAAUUUUAUUUUCCCGCUGAAUUUUUGGCGCGAGAUUUGGGCGCUAAAUUGAAUUUUCCAUGAAAAAUGGCUUGAAAAAGGCAUUUUUUGCAUCAAAAAUCGGAAUUCCAGGUCAAUUUUCCAUGAAAUUCGUGAAUUUUUCACCAAUUUCUCUCAAAUUUUAAUCUGAUUUCUCAUUUUUGUACCACCCAUACGCGAAAAUUAAUGGUUUUCUAAAGAUUUUCAUUAGAGAUACUGUGUGUUUUUCUGUAGAAAUAUGAUUUAUCUUGUUUUGACCCAAUUUUUUUUCGCGGAAAAUUGGGGAAAUUUGAAUUUUUCCAUCAAAAAUACCCUGAAAAAUCAAAUUUCCAACUCAAAAAUCUUGGUUUUUCAGAUGCUUCUACUGCUCCUCAAAUCAUUGCUCAUAUUAUGCUCUUGGGUUACUGUAGCUGGUGAGUUCGCAAAAAACAUUUUUGGCGCCAAAAAUCCACCAAAUCCACUUUUUCUUAAUGUGGCGCCUAAUUUUCUCAAAUUUUUAUGAUCAAACUGGUUUUUUCUCAUAAAAUUUUAGUGAAUUAGGAAAUUUAGUGAAAAAUUUUGGAAUGGGGCUAAACAAAAAAGUUUUGUGCUGAAAAAUCUGAAAAUCUUUGAGUUAUGACGUGGAAAAACCGGUGUUUUGAGCAUUGCUCAUGUUAUAUAAAAUUUUUGAAAAUCCUAGAUUUCUAGCUGUCAAAAUUGAUCUAUUUUAGAGUAUUGCUCAUAUUAUACAUUUUGUUCCUGUAUUUUCUCAAAUUCUAUUGCUCAUUUUAUAAUUAUCAUGCGCUUUUAAGUUUUCUGACUUUGCUCAGAUUAAAGAAUAUUCUAGAAAAUUCAAUUUUCAUCAAAAACCUCGGAUUUUAGCUCUGAAAUUCACAAAUUUUCACAAUUUCCCACCAAAAUUGCUCUUUUUUUCCAGCCACCACAAACCUCACCCCGAAAAAACCACCAACAGAUCGUUUGGUGCCAAUCGGUGCCACCACCGCUUUCAUGUGCGACCCGAUCUUCCAUCAAAUCACAAAUGCCACGUGGUUCAAGAAUGGCGUCGAAAUCGGUGUGGUUGAUGCGCAGCGAAAUUUGAUACUGAGAAAAAGUGUGGAGAAUUUGGAGAAGCUGGGAAAAAUGGAUGAGGAUCCUAUGCCGAAAAUUGGAUUUUUGGUUAUUAAUAAUGUGACUAGAGGUGAAUUUUUGAUGCUGAAAAUGAUGAGCUACCUUGAAAUGAGCAAUUUCAUCGUUUUCAGCACGAAAAAUUGAUCUGGAAAAGUUUUUUGGGUGAAUUUGGUCAAAAAAUAAUUCUGUUACUUAAGCGGGGGUUACUUUUUUUUACAAAAAUUUUUCUAGAUCAAUUUUUGAUGCUGAAAAUGAUGAGCUAGUUCGAAAUGAGCAAUUUCAGCGUUUUCAGCGUGAAAAAUUGAUUUAGAAAAGUUUUUUUGGUAAAUUUGGUCAAAAUCUGACUUUUACUUAAGGGGGGUUACUUUUUUUACAAAAAUUUUUCUAGAUCAAUUUUUGAUGCUGAAAAUGAUGAGAUGGCUGAAAAUGAGCAAUUUCAACGAUUUCAGCACGAAAAAUUGAUCUAGAAAUUUUUUGGCUUAAUUUCAGAUAUUUGCAAAAAAAAAUGACCCCCCCCCUGUUACCUAAAGAGGGGGGUCACUUUUUUUUUACAAGCAUUUUUCUAGAUCGAUUUUACAUGCUGAAAAUGAUGAGAUGAUUGGAAAUGAGCGAUUUCAGCGUUUUCAGCACAAAAAAUUGAUCUAGAAAAGUUUUUUGGGUGAAUUUGGUCAAAAAAUGACUCUGUAACUUAAGGGGGUCACUUUUUUUCACAAAAAUUUGUCUAGAUCAAUUUUUGAUGCUGAAAAUGAUGCGUUAGCCUUAAAUGAGCAAUUUCAGCGAUUUCAGCACGAAAAAUUGAUCUGGAAAAGUUUUUGGUACCCUCGGACUAAAAAUGACCCCCCCCCCCUUGUUAGUUAAGGCCCCCCCUUGUUAGUUAAUAAGCAUUUUCAGCGUUUUCAGCUCGAAAAGUUGAUUUAGAAAACUUUUUGGAGCCUUGGAAAAAAAUGACCCCCCUUUGUUACGUACUCAAAGGGGGGAGGGGGUCACUUUUUUUUACAAAAAUGUUUCCAGAUCAAUUUUUUGUGCUGAAAAUGAAGAUCUAGCUUAAAAUGAGCAAUUCCAGCGUUUUCAGCACAAAAAAACCAAUUUUUUACAGACGACGAAGGAAUCUACUAUUGUCAAAGCCACGUGGCAUCCAAAUUCGGCGAAGUCUAUCGUCUCAAAAUCGCCUACGUCCACCCGAUUCCCGACAACCGAAAAGUCCACCUCAUCCCCACGAAACCAAUCCUUGGCCGCCCGAUUUCCGCGCACUGUCCGCUUCCGGAAGCCUUUCCGCUCCCCAAAAUCACAUGGACCAUCAAUUCGCUCCCGAUCUCCCAUAUCUCAUCGGAUUUCCAAAUUUUCCCGGAAAAUGCGACGCUGCAGAUUGGACACUUUAGUUGGCAUCAUUUUGGACUUUUGGAAUGCCACGUGGCAAAUUUUGCCGGGAAAACCAAGGCUGGUGUUUUUAUUGAUUCGCAAGAGGUUUUGGGUGAGUUGGAUUUUUUGAAUUUUGAAAAUUUUACUUACAAAAAUAUUUCUAGAUCAAUUUUUUAUGCCAAAAAUGCUGAGCUAGCCAAAAAUGAGCAGUUUCAGCGUUUUCAGCUCAAAAAACUGAUCUAGAAAAAUUUUUGAAGCCCUAUAUUAAAAAUGACCCCCCCCCCUCCUUGCUUUAAUGGGGGGGGGGGGCUUACUUUUAGAUAUAAAAAUAUUUCAAGAUCAAUUUUUUAUGCCAAAAAUGCUCUCGGGAAAAAUACGGCACCUUUUUAGCACCGAGGCGACAAAAAUUGUCGAGGAGUUUUGGCCGCCCCGGUGCUGAAAAGGUGCCGAAAUUACGGCACCUUUUCAGCGCCGAGGCGACAUUUUCAUGAAAAAUCCAUUAUUUUACCAUACAAAUGACUCUUGUUCUCUUUUUCAUCGAAAUUUUCCGCACUAAAAAUGUAGCAAGCGUGUCCUAGUGGAUAAGAGGAUGGGUUGUCAUUGUUUUGACCCAAGUUCGAUGCCCCUUUCCCGCACCAUUUUUUAUUUUUUUCGUCUCACUGGCGCACCAUUUUAGCGCCGGUGCGUCUCUUCGCGCGCCGUUUUAGCGCCGGCGCGUUCUCUCUGCGCACCUUUUUAGCGCCGAGGCGAGAGCACUUCCCGCCUUGGCGCCCCAGAAUGUCGCCUUAGCGCCCCAGGAUGUCGCCUUGGUGCCGUAUUUUUCCCGAGCUGAGCUAGGCAAAAAUUAGCAGUUCCAGCGUUUUCAGCGUUAAAAACUGAUCUAGGAAAAUUUUUGGAGCCCAUAAGAGUUGGCGCAAAAUUUCAGAAAUUCAAAUUUUUCCUCCCACCAAAAAUUGAUCUAUGACGUGGAUUCUGAUCGCAAUAGACAAUUGCAGACUCUCCAAAAUCCCUGAUCUCAAUCGGUUGCUCCGCGGCUUUUCGCAGCUCAAUUUUCAUGUUUCUCCUCGGAUGCCUAGUCACAAGUUCAAUAGUUUUGAUCUACUUGGGCCUUGCCGUAUUCUUCAUCAAACCCGGUCGAUCUCGCCGUGUACUUCGGCCAACUUUUUGGUCCCGCACCGAUCCCACUUUGGGACCCGGAUUCAGAAAAGCGGUGGUGCCGUUGCCCGAUUGUUUUUCGACGAAUUCGAAUUCGACGAGAUUGUUGGCGUGA